AUGAUGACAUCAUUUGCUGUUCUUUUUCUAUCAAUUGCUAUAAUUGAAUCCAUGGCAGGAAUUUUAGGAAAUGGAAUUAUCUUGGCUGCCAGUUCAUCAAGCUGCAUUGGGAGAAAAACAUGGCCCUCAUAUGAUAUGAUCAUGAUGUCUCUGAGUUUAUCUAGAAUUACAUUGCAAUGCUGGAUUAUACUGGAUUUAUUCUUAACUAUAUUUUGUGAACCCUCCUAUUUUGAAGACAAUCUAUUUGGAGUUAUCAAGACAGUCUAUAUGUUUCUGAACUACGCCAACCUCUGGUUUGGAGCCUGGCUUAGUGUCUUCUAUUGUAUCAAGGUUACCAGUUUCAAACACUCUUUCUUCAUCAGGCUGAAGCAGAGAAUUGCCAGGCUGAUGCCCUGGAUGCUGCUCACAUCAUGGCUCUGCUCCUUCACAGCUGCAAUUCCCUUUGCCUGGGAUGUCUACAGCGUGCACAACAACUUCACUGCUCCUCUACCCGUGACCAACUCUUCAGCAAUGAGAAUCACAAGGAAAGACAAUUUGGGUUUAUUAAUUCUUCUCUCUAAUGCUGGUAUAGGUAUGCCUUUAAUACUGUCUGUUGUUUCAAGUGUUCUGCUGAUUUGGUCUCUGUGGAUACACACCAGAAGGAUGCAAAGUAAUGCAAGUGGUUUCAGGGAUCCCAGCUUAGAAGCCCAUAUGAAAGCCAUCAAGUCAGUCUGUUCCCUCCUUAUCCUUUACAUUACAUAUUUUAUAGCUUUCACUUUUCUUUUAUAUGAUUUAUUUAUACGUUUUAGCACCCCAAAAUCCAUAUGUAUAGCUAUAAUGGCUGCCUGUCCUACAGGACACUCCAUAGUCUUAAUUUGGAGCAAUCCAAAAUUUCGAGAGCUGCCAGCUAGGAUUUGGCACUUCACAAAGUGUCCUAUCUGA